CUUCAGUCUGACUGUGCGUCCCGAUCCUGCCCUGCUAGCUUGUCUCCAGUGUCACGGAGGAAGGCGACCAAACUGCGCAGUCUGCUCCGAAAAUAUGGAAGGCGACAACAUAAUAGUGCCAAUGUGAGUCGGAUGAAGAUCUGCCAAGAUGCCAGGUCUUGUGUCCAGUUCAGCGCGCCUGAUAGUCAUCUGGUUUUUAUCUUGUGCACUGCGGCUCAGUUGUGCUGAGAUUUGGCCAAAUGAAGUGUUGGAGGUGUUGUACAGACGCCUGGAAUCAAAUGUGACACUGGCAUGUGGAAAGCUUCCAGGUGUUGGGACACCUGUGGCGUGGCGCCUCAACCAAAGCUCAGAGUUGCCAUGGCACCAGAUGACAUCAGAAGGGUCUUUGGUCCUCUUUCACGUCAAUCACACAGCCCAGGGUGAUUACAGUUGCUACGACGACCAGGGACUCCUCCUUCACUCCGUCAGACUCAAGCUGGGCCAUCCUCCUGGACUGCUGAGCAUUUCCUGUCAAGUGCCGAAUCACACGCAUGUUCGCUGCUCCUGGGUAGACUCAGUAAAAACCUUUCUGCCAGCUAAAUACAACGCCUCCAUCAGGGGAAGUGGUCCAGACUGGAGGCCUUGUGUCAUGGACUUGACCAAUAAGCACUGUGAAGUAGACCACCCUGCCUUCUGGCAGACCAAUCACGUUGUCAGGAUCAUUGAAACCAAUGGGCUUGGGUCAUUUACCACAUUAGCCCGGUUUAAAUUGGAUGAGCUUUUGAAGCCAAAUCCUCCACGGUCCGUGGUGGUGACGGAGGUCAGAGGUUUUCCGAAGCGGCUCAAGGUCUCAUGGAGUUAUCCUUCCUCAUGGCCACAGUACGCCGGCUUCCCACUUUUGUUUCAUAUCAGAUAUCGACCACUUCACGCAUUGCACUGGUCAGAGGUUUACUGGGAGCACAGUCCUUAUGUGAUUUCUGACGCCCUGGCCGGCCACUUUCACCAGGUUCAGGUCAGAGCCCGUGACGAGGUGAACUCUGACAGCCAGUGGAGUGAAUGGAGUCCAACACAGGAUGUCCAACCCUGGAAAGAUGCCGUACCCGAACCAACUGAGGAAAACCCAGCCGACUAUUCCCUUCCUUCCUUCACAAACCCAGAAACAUCCACAGAAAAGUCACACAAUCCUGAUCCCAAUGAGGUGGCUGAAUUAGGUUUGGUUAUUCUACUGGUUGUGUUCUCUGUGGUGAUCAUCGUAAUUUUCAUCCCCCUCAUCUUCUUAAUAUGGAUUAAACAACGGCGUCAGAGUCAAGGAGGCAAACACGAACUCACCUCUAUGGUCAAGAUGAAGGCCAUGCCGAUUUAAGGUGGGAUUUUGAGCUCUUAUGUCCUCUCAGCCUGUUCUAGGGCUCCUCACAGUGGUAGCAGGUCUCAGCACACCGUCCAGAUUCCCAAGAUGCAGCAGUUAAAGUUCAGAGAGAGCAGCUACAAGACGCUCCCACAAUGAAGCCUUGAGGGAGCAACACUGCCUUACCAAUGUCUCGUGAGGCGGUUUCACUGCAGUUCACUUCAAGUGGAACUCUGGAUGUCCCUCGCAGAGGACCGUUAGUGUCCCUCAUUUUCUUGAUGCUGUGAAGGACUCAAACUCCUCGGUGUCUUCUGACGUCAAAGCAUCAGGACGCAUCACGUUACUGGUAAAGUCUGAUCUUGAAAAGAUGUGUUGCAUGAGGAUGUGUUUAUUGUUCCUCUGUCUCAUGGAUGAGCGAGAGCGAUAGUGGCAUUUCACCGAGCACCAGCAUUUAGGAAAAAAAAAGAGAAGGAUUUCUUUAUGGAACUGACUUUUCCAUGAUUGUUGUUCCCUUGUUUUGGGAUUACAUUUCACAUCAGGGCUGCACAGUAUGUCCACAGUAUGUCCCAGUUGAGAUUCUUCACACCUCUGCCUCACGCUGCGUUUUCACUUCUAACUUCACCCACACGAGGGCAGCAAAUACCGGAAGAUGCUUUGUCCAUGUGAAUGCGUCAUCAGCAAUGCGACGGCACAGUUCAUGAUCAAAGCCGCCCAGUAAAGGGUCUUCUCAAACUCCCAGAACACUGAGGUGUGCAGCCGGGAGCUGCAGGAAAAUUACACUCGGGGACGGGGGCGCCGCGGAUUGAUCCACGCUGCUCUCGUAACACGUUGAAUACAGCGAGAGAGAUUACUGAUGAUCGAGAAGGUUCAGACCCUUUACUGCCCAGAAUUGAUCAGGUUUGUGUGGAGUCGCGCUGGACACGUAGUUUCCAGGCACCUAGCGCUGAGUCGUCUGAGGUGUGAAGCUCACCACCCGCUGUGCCACCCACUGAGAGUUUGACGAGACAAAAUGCAGGUCUCCAGUGGGGAUCAGGUCCGCGGCCAAAACCCGACUUGCUUGUGUUCACAUCUCGGACUUCUGAGACCAAAGAGCUUUGUCUCGAGACAGAACCCCUAGUGUGAAAGCACCUGAUCUCACUUCAGCAGUUUAAUAUCAGCUCUGCUCAUUGUUGAUGUUUUAGGAUGAUGGGUGGCGGACACAUGCUUCUCUAGUUGGGUCUAGUUGGGUCUCUAGUUCUGACCUUGUGUCUGUCCCGGAGUGUCAGGUUUGGCACCACUCAUUUACUUUUCUAUGUUUGUUCUUUCUGCACCCAUGAGGACCGUCUUUUGUGUCACUAACUUGGCUGAGGUGCUGACUACUUUUAUAAUAGUAGCAUCUGUAGUUUGACUCUAUAUUCAGCCCGUGUCAGCCAAAAUACUCCCGUCUCAUCUUAGUUCUUUUCCACUUCCUUUUCGGACCCAAUUCACUUUUGGUCCAUUUCACACACUUUUGAGUGUGUAGCCUGUUUUGGUUUUCUACAUUGAAGUAGACACUGUAGAGCAGUGGCCUGAAACUCGAGCAACACCAGAGGCAAAGUGCUAGAAAUGCUGGACCACAUGAUUCAACAUAGAUUCAACUGAUUCAUUGGCCAAAAAAAGUAAACAAAAGAAUGAAGAUGCAGAGCAGGGCGAGGUGUUGUGCUGGUUGCGCUUUAAAAAACAUACACUACACUUGGUGUUGAAGCAACGCGGUGCAACAAACUAGUUCCAUCACCUGAAACAAUUCCACCGCCCACUUUUCAAUGAGCAGGGCAGGGUUUCUGGUCAAGUUAGAGGAACAUCAGCUUCAUUCCAAGUUCCGACCCUGUGUGUGUGGGAGGACUGGCAUUGCGCACCGGAGCACUGACACAUGUGCAAACAAACGAUAGUAGAUUAGACUGGUUCCUUCUUCCCAAAUCACUGAAGAAUCCCUUCGUCUUUAAACGCUACUGCGCAUGUUGGUGGAGGACUGAAAGGCAGUCAAGACAGCAGACGGUGUGGCGGCAGUUCUGAGAGAGAAACUCGACUUAAAAUAAAUGAAUUGAGACGCUUUUAUACAGGUAUGUGGCAACUGAUCUUGGCAGUCUUGUGUCGAGAUAUUUGGCAUGCAAUAUCAAGAUGUGUAAUUUUGUCUACAUCUGGCCUCAUCUUCCCCCAGGAAGAUGAAAAUCUAACUUUCUUCCACUUCCUUUGUCGCCUGGCACAAAAGGAAAGGUACCACGGAUGGAACAGUAACAGUAGAAUCACAAGUAAAAAUGCUAGUGACAUGCUUGUAACAAAGUUGGUGGGGCAUCAGCCCCUUGGAUGUAAGUACAGGAGGUCGGGAGGCGUUUACAGACUGUUGCAAUACAAUAUGGGAGUAGAGGGUGUGAUACGUAUGGGGCGACAAGGUCGCUGCCUCUGUUGCACCAAGUGCUUCAGUUGAAAAAUCUGAACUCCAGCGACAAGUUGCGGUGUGUUGACCAAUCAGAGGCCAGUUCUUACACUGAGCUGCACCUCAGAAGGCUGUGAUGGAGCCAGCGACAGUGGAGUCCAAAUCCUUUUUUUGCCUUUGAUAUGCUUCCACAGUUGACUUCUCUCUGUGUUUAAACACCAAAAGAUUCAUCUGCUUUUUUUGACACUACUUGAGAGGUGGGAGGAAGCAAUAGCACCAGCGUCAGGUGCGAGAAGCCUGGAACACCUGGAGUCUAUUUUUAUUGUUGAAAGUUCUUGUUUUAAAAACACAUUUUAAACUAUGGUAAUGAACUCUGAAUGUCUUCUCAUGGCUUUGUUUUGGUGCAGAGAUGAAGCAUUUUUCACUUCAGACACUGUAAAAUCAACAGCUGUAGAUUUGGGUGAGGCUGUGCAGCCCUGAUCUGACGUCACACAUGCGUAGUUCCAUAGCUUGGUCGACGUUCCUGUCUUCACGAUCACAUCUCAUCCAAAACGGAUGUUAAAAGUUACAGUUCAAAAAGAAAACCUUGAAAGAUUUGUGCUUCUGUAAUCUGUGUAUUACUUUGAGGACUUAAUGCAUUUGAAAAAAAAAUAUGUAUAUUAUUUUUUUAUUUUCUAGUUUUGAGGGUUGUAUUUGAGAAGGGGGGCAUAGUAUGCACUUUCUUUUACUAUAAAGUGAGAUAGAAAAAGUAACUACAAACUGCUCAUUAAUACGUUCCCAGAAGCAGAUUGCUAUUGCAAAAUAUUCCAUUUUAAUCCUAUUACAGAUGUUUGGUUCACUCUUAAGUCAAAAAAGCAUGUUAUAACCAGCCGACUCCUGAUCCACUCUGCGUCGUACACCGCCGGCAAAAAAUGUUUCUGCAGUGAUUUGCGGGUGCUCGGAGGAUGAAAAGCCCAAAAUACCUCGCAUGUCUGUUUUUCGUUCUGCUCUGACACUUCCGCUUGCGAAUCUUCAGCCCCAGCCAAAGCUCUUCCGCGGAGAGAAGCGGGCGGUGAUUUUAAAGAAUUUCAUUUCUCUGCUGGUGAUCUACUGUCGACCCAGAAGUAAACCCGACUCUGUUCACACACACACACACACACACACUGAAGAGACAGAGAUUCAGAUGUCAACUAUGUCCUAAUACAUUUCACGUGAUUACAUUUCAAAUCAUUGUUGUACUUGUGUUAUCAGUAUUUCUUUUUUGUAAACGCGGUGCCUAACAUUGCGGAGCAUUCCACUUCUCUUCUGGAGCCUAGAAACACUCUGGACACGACUCAUUUACAACACAAGAUGCAGAUUUCCGGUUGCCAUUGGGAAGUGAACGCGGACUUCAUUCAAGUUGCAGUCAGGGAUUCUAGCAGCUGAGCUCACCUAAUCAGAGGGCCAGCUCUGCUCAUGCUCGAAGAUAAUGUCUGUAUUCUAUUGUUGUACUGAUAACCUUGCACCCCUUACAAUUCAUUCCCAUGUCACUUUAAAGGCUGUUAACUUCGAAGUUCACUUUGAUUCUCUUUGAUCCUGCUUUUAACAUCAUGUCAAACUCUUCAGUUGUGUGUGGACAAAGUCUGAGGUGCCCACGCUUCUAUCAGUUUUCUAUUUUUGCAAUUCAAGCUUGUGUAUUGUUGCGUAUUUCAUUUUUACAAGAAAAAAAAGGACAUGUAUUAAACGGUCUUCUGUCUUCUAUGUGUGGGGCAGAGUUGUGUUGUCGUGGGAUCUUGUGGCUUCUAAUAGCUAAUAUUUGAUUUCUUUGGUCAACAUUGACAAAAACAGCUAUUUGGAAAUCAAGUCAGCGGCCAGUUACCGUCACUUUGUUGAGAGGUCACAGGAGAAAACCCCCACGAUUGUAUAACUUUCUCUUUGUGUUCUUCUCCCAGUGAUAUGAAGCUCCGUGAAACAUCUUUUUGUGUUAGGUAUCUUUGAUUCAUGAUGUUAAAGUCUUCACAUUACGAACAUGUUAUUGGUGUUUUGACUGCAGAAGAAGCCAGUUUGAUGACUAGAACAUGCCAAAUUAAAAAAUUAGAAAAAAAAACAAAAACAAAAAAAACUUUAGUGGACUUUUAUUGUGGCACUUUAAAUUUUUGUUGCAAACUACGCACUCAAGUGACAAUUUAAUUUUUGGAAUAUUUGUUUUGUAAAAAAAAAAUCUUCAGUGUGUUUUAAAUGUUCAAAAAGCUCAUUUAUUUGUUCACUGUCAGAAAACAUUGAUCAAAAUACACAAAAAAAUAGGUGUUAUAGAAAAAGCGGAUUUUCACGCAUAUUUGUGUUUCUGAGUUUUUCUGUGUUGUUUACGUCAGAUGAAGCCGGCUGGGUUUUAUCUCUCCAACUCUCAGAUGUACAUAGUUUGCCUCUUCAUGUCAAAGACUCAAAUCACCAUAAGCUGUUUUCUCUCUUGUUCUUGUAUGUUUUUGUGAAAUAAUAAAAAAUAUAUACUAUUUUA